CAAAAAACAACGUAGGAUUAUUCAUCAAAAAUGAGCUCGUUCGCGGGUCGAAUGAAGGAAUAUCCGAAUAUUUCUCUGGACCGGUUCGACAGAGAGAACGUACAUGCACGCGCGUAUUUCCUCUCCCACUGUCACAAAGAUCACAUGAAAGGACUGAAGGGACCUUUACUGAAGAGGAAGCUGCAGUUCAGUCGCACAGUCAGACUCUACUGCUCCUUUGUGACCAAAGAACUCCUGCUGAGUAAUCCACGCUACAGAUUCUGGGAAGAAUUCAUCGUUCCGCUGGAGCUGGAGAGCCCGACUCAGAUCUCCUUAGUGGACGAGGCUUCAGGAGAGAAAGAGGAUGUGGUGGUGACGUUACUUCCUGCUGGUCACUGUCCCGGCUCCGUCAUGUUCCUGUUUGAGGGUUGCCAUGGAAAUGUGUUGUACACAGGAGACUUCAGGUUUUCUGUCGGAGACGCGUCCAGAAUAGAACACCUUCACUCUGGCAGCAGGGUCAAAGACAUUCACAGUGUUUAUCUUGACUCCACGUUCUACGACCCGCGCUUCUAUCAAAUACCCAGUCGGGAAGUUUGUCUGAACGGGAUCUCAGAGCUGAUCAGAAACUGGAUCUGUCAGAGUUCAUAUCACGUGGUUUGGCUCAACUGUAAAGCUGCGUACGGAUAUGAAUAUUUAUUCACCAACCUGGGAGAAGAGUUCAACACUCAGAUUCAUGUCAACAAUCUGGACAUGUUCAAGAAGAUGCCCGAGAUUCUGAGCUAUGUGACGACGGAUCGUAGGACGCAGAUCCACGCCUGUCGACAUCCCAAGGAUGAGGAGUAUUUCCAUGGUAACCGGUUGCCGUGUGGUUGUUCAGCCGUAGAUGGGUCUCCUCUUCGUAUCAUCAGCAUCAAACCGUCCACCAUGUGGUUCGGAGAGAGAACCAAGAAAACCAACGUCAUCAUCAAAACAGGAGGAAGUUCCUUCAGAGCCUGUUUCAGUUUCCACUCCUCGUACUCUGAGAUUAAAGACUUCCUGUCGUAUCUUCGGCCGGUCAACAUUUACCCCAGUGUCAUCCCCAUCGGUCGCACACUGACCGAGGUCACACAGAUGUUGAAGUUGAUGAGCAGAAACCAAACAGAUUCUGAAGCGUUUGUUUACAAACCUCUGGGCGUCCUGAAACGCAGCCGGGUGGAGAGAGAGACCUGUGAUUCAGGCAGCGACGACGACCUGUUUGACGGAGUCAACUUGGCACCAGUGAGGAAGAAGAUGGGGCUGAACCAGGAAGUCAAUAAAAAGGAAGUUAAUAGUCCUGAGAGAACACCGCCUCCUGUGUCCGGGGAGGAUUCUGUGCCUCUGACAGUCAAAUCUGAUCCUCGCAACUUUGUUGACUGCACCGAGUCCAACGAUGAAGAAGAAGAGGAGGAGGACGAAGUGCGGGGAGGAAGAGGUGACACCAGAGUCACGGAGGACGAGGAAGUAAAAGAGAAGACGGAAGACUCAAAGAAAGAGACUCCGAAGUGGGAGGACUUCUUCACCACGGGAAUGUUAACCGAGAGCCAGAACAGCCAAUCACAGUCCUGCUCUUCCAUCGCCAACGCCUCCCCCUGCAGGAUGAGCGGCUCACAGACGCCCGAACUCUUCAGCGAACAAGAAGAAGAAGGAGCAGCGGUUGACGGCCACGACGAGAACUUCAGCCUGACUCUGUCCGCGUCUCUGUCCAACCAUUCCUCGCAGAACAUGGACUCGUGUCUGCCCGACACCGUGAUCCUCCAGCCGGAGGCGGAGCCUCACGGACAAGGAGACGAUGAGGUGGGCGGCGGCAUGUCGCGGAAGGCGGAGUGCAACAGUCCGGUCCUCGUCCCGUCAGAACAGGAGCUUAUGUCGUCUCAGGCGUCGUCGGACUUCGACGUUCCCUCCACGCCAGAAUCGAAGGCACCGCGGCCCGACGAACUCUUGCAGCUGUACAGGAAGUUGGCAUCAGGAGAGGACGUGGUCGUCUGGAAAGGAAGUAGGCUGGGUCCACAGAGAGAAGCGAGGCAGACACGAGCAGAGAAACAUGAAAGGACACGGGCACGCGCUCAGCUGACGGAGUGACGGCGGUGACUUGUGUCAGAUUGCUUGGUGGACGUUUGUGUGACAAUAAAGUCUUGUUUUCCACAUCCA